UUCUUCGUGAACCGUGGUAUGUAUGUACGUGUAUGAAACAGAUUCACGUGCACGGUUUUCUAGGUUUUAUAUGUCAGUUUAGAAAUGCCUUGUUCGAAAUCAUUGCCGAGUUUUAAAAAUUGUGUGUAAAUCAUGCUGAAUUAGCAGUUUUCUGAGGCCUCAAGCCACAUAUCGUCGAGUCAAUAUACAUUUUAAUAUUAAUAUAGGUUUUGAAAGUACGAGAAAUGUGAUAUGAAUGUAUGGAUGAGAAAUGGCACUGUUUAAUAACCACGGAAAUCCGAGAAAUAGAUCAGAUUCUAGUUCAGGCGAGGAGGAUCCUUUAAUUAAAAACCAAAAUAACAUUAUUUCAUAUGGUGCGCAAGAAUACAGUCCAUCAGGGGAUCCAACAUCUAUAAAUGCUGAUAUAGAGACUUUGGCCAGUGGUAAGUGGCAGCCUAGGAAGAGACGAUGUGCCUUGGAAACUGUUGAACCUGGCUCUCUCAAUGUACUUUCAGCAAAAUUUGAAAGUCUGGAUUAUGACAUUUGUGAGAAUCAUCUCCUGCUGGAAGAGGAACGAACAAAAGGAUACAAAUUCAUUGUAAAGAAAAACCUAGCAAGAUGGUUGAUUUUCUUGUUGAUUGGCUUGCUGACAGCUUUAAUUGCCUGUGUUAUUGACAUAACCAUUGAGGAACUGUCAAGUAUUAAAUACAAGUUUCUCAAGAAGUAUGUGGAUCAGUGCAUCAGUGAAAACUGUUUAUAUAUACCGUAUUUAGUCUUGGUCAUCUCAAACAUGGGGCCUGUUGUUAUUGGGUCCUUUUUGGUAGCGUAUGUAGAGCCAACUGCUGCAGGCAGUGGCAUUCCCCAGGUGAAAUGUUACCUCAAUGGUGUAAAGAUCCCACGUGUUGUUCGGAUCAAAACUCUAUUUGUGAAGGUUGUUGGAGUCAUCACUUCUGUUGUUGGUGGGCUUGCUGUUGGAAAGGAAGGUCCAAUGAUCCACUCAGGAGCUGUUGUUGCAGCUGGCAUCUCCCAAGGGAAGAGCAGUACAUUCCGUCGAGACUUGGGGAUUUUCAAGUAUUUUCGAGAAGACCAUGAGAAACGAGAUUUUGUUUCAGGCGGAGCAGCAGCUGGAGUUGCAGCUGCAUUUGGGGCACCAGUGGGUGGUGUACUGUUCAGUCUGGAGGAAGGUGCAAGUUUCUGGAACCAGAGUUUGACUUGGAGAAUCUUCUUUGCCUCAAUAGUUUCUACAUUUACCCUGAAUGUGGUGUUGAGUACCUACCACGGCCAUCCAGGAGACCUCUCAUAUGCUGGACUCCUCAACUUUGGCAAAUUUGAGAGCAUCUCUUAUGACUUGUUUGAGCUACCCGCAUUUGUGAUAAUGGGAGUUAUUGGGGGUCUCCUGGGCUCUCUUUUCAACCACAUCAACUACAAAUUGACAGUAUUCAGGAUGAGAAAGAUCCGUGCUCGGUGGAUGAGAGUGAUGGAAGCCGUCAUAGUUGCAGCAUUUUCGGCAACACUGGGCUUUAUGAUGAUGUAUUUUCUUAAUGACUGUAAACCCCUAGGAGAGGACCCAACCAACAAUCCCAUUCAGAUGUACUGUGGUGAUGGGGAAUACAAUGCAGUUGCUGCUAUUUGGUUCCAAACUCCAGAGGCCAGUGUACGAUCAUUGUUCCAUGACCCCCCUGGCUCCCAUAAAGAUGUAUCUGUUGGUGUGUUCUUCAUUUUCUACUUCCUGCUGUCAUGCUGGACAUAUGGAUUGAGCGUAUCCAGUGGACUUUUCAUUCCUUCUCUCUUGACAGGCGCUGCCUGGGGGCGAUUAUUUGGCAGUGGGCUGGCAAGUGUGUUUCCAAAUUCAGACUGGGUGGACCCUGGCAAGUAUGCACUUGUGGGAGCAGCUGCACAGCUUGGCGGUGUGGUACGAAUGACUAUAAGUUUGACUGUCAUCCUUAUUGAAGCAACUGGGAACAUUACCUUUGGUCUCCCACUUAUGCUGACACUUAUAACAGCUAAGUGGAUCGGAGACUUCUUCAAUGAGGGUAUUUAUGAUAUCCACAUUCAGCUGAGUGGAGUGCCCUUGUUACCAUGGGAACCACCACCACUGUCGUACAACAUAUAUGCCAAUGAAAUAAUGAGCCAUCCUGUGGUGACAUUCAACACAGUUGAGUCUGUGAGGCGCAUUGUUGAUGUGCUGGAGACUGAGACAUAUAAUGGGUUUCCUGUUGUGGAUCCUCAUCCCAAGGAACAGGGUGAUGGAGAGUCAUACCAGACAUUCAGAGGAAUGAUUUUGAGGUCUCAGCUCAUAGUAUUGUUGACAAAUAAAAUCUUCAAUGAAUCAGCUGAAAUUUGGAAUCUCAAACAGAUUUCUCUGAAGAUGUUCAGGGAUGAAUAUCCUCGCUAUCUCACUAUCCAGGAAGUAAAUGUGACAGACGAAGAAAAGAGGUAUACAAUAGAUCUGAGACCGUUUAUGAAUCCAUCCCCAUACACAGUUCAGCAUUCAGCCUCUUUGCCACGCGUGUUCCGGCUCUUUAGAGCCCUAGGAUUGAGACAUCUUGCAGUUGUUAAUGACACAAAUGAGGUGACUGGUAUUGUAACAAGAAAGGAUCUAGCAAGAUUCCGGGUCUGGCGACACAGGGGGAGAAUGGGCUUGGAGGAAUUGGUUAUCUCAGACAGGAUGUAACUGCCAGGGCGAGUGUGGUGAUGGUGAAAUUUAUACUUCAUUGAAGAAUGCUGUCUUCUAGGAUGCGGCACCAUGUAGAUAUUGCAUAGACCAACGUUUAAGAGGAAGGUAUGGCCUCCAUAUGUUUCUCUGAAAUGUCAAUUUAUACAAUAUCUACAUGGUGCUGCAUCCCAGAAGACGGCAUUCUUCAUAGUCACUGGCGUGAGAACCUCAAAUCUUACAUAUCCUUCAUUAUUCACACAAACUGUCCAAAUACAGGGGAAGUUGUGUCUGUUUUUCCAGAUAUUAUAUAUCUGAAGAUACUAAAUGGAUUCCUAUGCAUUUUUCUAUUGAGAUGUGUGCACAAGUAGUUGUAAAGUUAGCUUAAUUUUGGUUCAUUAUAGGUCUGCUUCACCUGACACUGAAUAUGAACUUUCUCAGAAAUAGCUGAUUUUUAAGAUGAUUAGUACAUGACAUUAACUAUAGAUAUCUUGAAGACCCAUGAAUAAGAUUUUUUAUGUAGUGAACAUUUAAUGAAAUACAAGGAAAAAUUGAUUAGACUGUUUAGACUUUGAAUAUAAGAUGCACGUUUCUCCCCAUUGAAAAAUUGAGGGGCAUCUUAAAUUGAGGCAUGUGCACCUUUCUAAUUUUUUUCUAACACCCACAUUCAAGAACUGUAUGUCUUAAAUUAGAGGGUGUCUUAUAUUCAAAAUAAUGUAUUUUGAUUGAGUCUUCAGGUGACUUAUAUAAAAAUAGGGUGAAAGUUAUAAAAAUGAAAUGGCCAUUUUUCUCCUUUUGGUCCAAACAUGUAAGUUAUAAAUGUAUGACAUGUACACUAGUGAUAUGAUUUGUAGAAGUUUUCCUGAAGAAUAAAAGUUUUCAGAUAAAGAUAUGAUCAUCCAGUAAUGAACUAUAGACUGGGAUUUUGACUUGGAUGGAUGGAUGGAAGGAUGGGCAGGCGGGCGGACUGCACUGCUUUCCAUGAAAUAUAAUAAAAUCAAGCGGUCUACAGUUAA